AUGCACUGCUUUUAUGCCAGACACACAGGGAGGGUACCUCACAGAGUACCAGGGUACCUCACAGAGAGCCAGGGUACCUCACAGGGUACCAGGGUACCUCACAGAGUACCAAGGUACCUCACCGAGUGCCAGGGUACCUCACAGAGAGCCAGGGUACCUCACAGGGAGCCAGGGUACCUCACAGGGUACCAGGGUACCUCACAGAGUACCAGGGUACCUCACAGAGAGCCAGGGUACCUCACCGAGUGCCAGGAUACCUCACAGAGAGCCAGGGUACCUCACAGGGUACCAGGGUACCUCACAGAGUACCAGGGUACCUCACAGAGAGCCAGGGUACCUCACAGGGAGCCAGGGUACCUCACAGAGAGCCAGGGUACCUCACAGGGUACCAGGAUACCUCACAGAGAGCCAGGGUACCUCACAGGGUACCAGGGUACCUCACAGAGAGCCAGGGUACCUCACAGAGUACCAGGGUACCUCACAGGGAGCCAGGGUACCUCACUGAGUACCAGGGUACCUCACAGGGUACCAGGGUACCUCACAGGGAGCCAGGGUACCUCACAGAGUACCAGGGUACCUCACAGAGAGCCAGGGUACCUCACAGGGUACCAGGGUACCUCACAGAGUACCAGGGUACCUCACAGGGAGCCAGGGUACCUCACUGAGUACCAGGGUACCUCACAGGGUACCAGGGUACCUCACAGGGAGCCAGGGUACCUCACUGAGUACCAGGGUACCUCACAGGGAGCCAGGGUACCUCACAGGGAGCCAGGGUACCUCACAGGGUACCAGGGUACCUCACAGGGAGCCAGGGUAGCUCACAGGGAGCCAGGGUAG